AUGGAAACAAGUGCUAUAGAGCGUCUACACUGCCAAACAUAUUCAAUUGAUGCCUUCAUGAUGACUUGACCGUCGGGACCCAACGUCGCAGCCCAUCCAAAGCUUCCCCACACGUUCUCGCUUGGCAGUUCACGAUGGACCUUGGUCCCAAGCAUCACUAGCAAUCUUCUCACCGCCGUCCGUCACAGCGGCCAGCAGCAUCAUUCUCCCCUCUACCCAUAUUCCGUCCGCUGUCUACCGCCAUCAUGGGCUCGGAACCGGAUCUGCACAGGGCUAUCAGCAUGAAACCGUCCCCGUUUCACGCCCAUCCUGCACGCUCGGAACGAACCGCAAGCCCCCACCCCGCCGCUUCCGAGGCCGCAAUAAACAGAUACGACGGCUCUAGCACCGCCGUCGAGACCACCAGAGCCGCCGCCGACGACCACGAUCCCGUUGCCCGCCAUGUCGCAGGCCGAGAGAGCGACGUCGAGCGCCAGUCGCUGCCGCAGUACACGCGCGAGAACGACCCGUACCGGCUCGCCGCCGCGUUCAAGCCCCCCUUCGAACUCGCUCAGAUCCGCGCGAACACAUCGAGGAAGCGUGAUGGGUGCGGACCGAUAACGCUGAACAAAACCGCCCACAGGGCGCGGAGAAUAGAGCAGUUUUACGAAGCGCAGAACGAGAACAUCGAGCGGCUGCUCAAGCCCGUCGACGACCACCGGCGCGACGCAAAGGAAGAAGAGGGCGCAAACCACGUCAAGUACCGCAUUGCCGUGGUGGGAAGCUUUGCCGCCAACAUAAUCCUUGCCGUCCUCCAACUCUACGCCGCCGCAUCCUCCCGAUCGCUGUCCCUCUUCACCACAAUGGCGGACUCGCUGUUCGACCCCCUGUCGAACCUCACCCUCAUCCUGUCCAACCGCGCCGUCAAGCGCGUCGACGGGCGCAAGUUCCCCUCGGGCAAGGCGCGCAUCGAGACGGCCGGCAACAUCUUCUUCUGCUUCCUGAUGAUCACCGUGUCCGUCGUAAUCAUCGUCGAGUCGAUACGCACCAUCGCCGAGCACGGUGGUAGCGAGACUAACAAAUUCUAUCUGCCGUCGGUGAUUGCCGUCUGCAUUGCCUUUGUGACGAAAUUUAGUCUGUUUCUGUACUGCUGGGCGCUGCGGAACAAGUACAGCCAGGUGCGCAUCUUGUGGGAGGACCACCGCAAUGACUUGUUCAUUAACGGGUUUGGUGUGCUCACGAGUGUGGGUGGUGCGAAGCUCAAGUGGUGGCUGGAUCCGAUGGGUGCCCUUAUCCUGUCGUUCUUGAUCAUCUUUCUCUGGUCCAGGACGAGUUAUUCCGAGUUUCAGCUGCUCAUUGGAGUCACGGCGGAUACGCCGACGCUGCAGCUGAUCACGUAUAUCUCCAUGACACACUCGCCCUUCAUCAAGCAAAUCGACACCGUUCGAGCCUAUCACUCUGGGCCCCGCCUCAUCGUCGAGGUCGACGUCGUCAUGGACCCCGAUGACACACUACGAUCAACGCACGAUAUUGCCGAGGAGCUUCAGAUUAAAUUGGAGAGUUUGCCGAACGUGGAGCGCGCGUAUGUGCAUGUUGACUACGAGACGGACCAUGCGCCUGAGCACUUCUUGAAGAAGGAGCUAUGAGAGAUAGAACCUUAUGGGGCACGCAUUGCUAUUGCCCCCUCCUCGCUUGAGGGAAGGAUCCCUCGGCGGAGCAUUUUCGUGUUACGGCGUCUGGUUUCGCGCAUAAGCCUGGAGGGCGGCUGUCCAAAUUGCUUUUGCUGGCACAGAAGAGGGGUCACGAUUGGAACCGCGCCAAAACCAUAGCGGCGACGAGGUCAUUAUCGGGUUUAUUGUAUAGAAAAGACAGUACCUGCACGAUUGUCCUUAUCGGCUCCAUUACUACCACUAAGUUAAUCGCAG